AUGGUCCGAGUUGUAUCUGUUCAUCAUUUUGAAAGUCAAACAAUUCAAACAUGUGAAGAUGCUUUGGCUGUUGCUGCUGCACCACCAGAUAGGUUGUUGAUUGCCUUUCCGCACCAUGCAAUUGAAGUAAGAGAUUUAGCUUCUGUACCAAAGAAAGCAUUCUUCUUCCCCACUGUUGAUCAAGUUACCUACCUCUCAUAUUGUUCCACAGGGAGCUAUGUUGCUACUAUUGAGAAGAAAAUUUCAAGACAGGAUAAAGAGGUGGUUUAUGCUAGGGUAUACACAAAUUGGGAAACUAGUCGAGGGGAAGAUCAACCAAUGCGAGCAAGAAUAGCUGGACGGGUCACACCAAGUAGCAGCCAAACUGGAGGAGAUGUCUUGGAAAUGAUCGAACUUCCCUCAAGAUUUUCUAAAAUAACUGCAAUCACACCUUGUCAGGAAACUGGUAACAUUAUGAUUGCUUGUGAUCGUGUUCUCUGUCUUUUCCAACUUGUGACGAGGACCCAUGAUAUAUCGAAGCAAAGAUUUUUAGAUUUUGAAUUGUGGCCUGUAACUUUGGAGCUAAGUUUUAGCCCUAGCUUUCUUAGAAUGUCUGAAGAUGUCGUUGGUGCAAUGAACUCUACUUCUCUUCAUGUGUUUAGAUUGAACAAAGGUUUUGCUCGGGCUUCCGAUUGGUCUAGUCACACUCCAAAGCCAACACCUAAGCAAAAUGAGAAUGUUAUGAAAGUGAAGAAAGCAGUUGAAGGUCCCAUUGACUUGGAAGUUCUUUUGAAAGAAGUUGCUGAAGGGGGAAGCAAGGAAAUGGACAAACUAGGAAAUGGACCAAUCCCUGUCCUUGCCUUGUUGCCAUCUCUCAGAUCAGCCCGUGAAAAUGAUCCUUCCAGAAACCUUAGAGUAUCUCCUUUUAAACCACCUGGUUCAGUCACUAUGGGCGUUGCAAUUAAAGAAAUCCCUGCUAAUGAGCCAUGGGCUGAACAAAUGACAACUAUGGUUGAAAGUUUACUUCAGCUGGAAUUAGGAGAAUGGGGUGAUAAUUUAGUACCUGAGAAAUUUACUUCCUUGGCUCUCCGACCACUGUAUCAAAUAAACAGGCAUUUCACUGGAAAAGCAGAAUCAAGCUGUCCAAGACUAAGGUCACCUUCCUAUUCUGGUCUAGUUGCUUUUAACUGCUUUGUGUGCACCCAACAAGAAGGGUUCAUGUACCAUUUUCCUGUUGAAGAUGGUGAAGUAAUGAGUUUGGGAAAAUGCAUUUCAGAAUAUAAUUUCACAUCAACAGUGAAACAUGUUUUAUUAGAGCAAUCUUUGCUUCAUGCUAUAACUACCACUGGUCUUGAAACAUAUACCUUACGAACAAUUAAUGCUAUACACAUAAACAACGAAAUGGAAGCUUGCCCCCCUGUGGAUGAACCAGUUUGUCUGCUUGGCUUAAGACCAUUUCUUGGAGUUGUAGAUUUACUUUUAACCAACUCAUAUGUUGUUGUAUUGUCUUCUUCCAAUGAAAAAAAAUUAAAAAAAAAUUCAGCCAUUGGUGACCUGACUAUUUAUGGUCUAAAACUUCCUAGUGUUGAAAGCCUGUACAAAGAGAUGCUAUAUGUUUGCUCUGGACAUCGGCUAAGUUGUCCGACAGCAUAUAAUCAACUUCUUUUAGAAGCACACUUGUUGGUCCGUUCCUCUAUCAGUGUAACAUCGUGUAACCAACAGCAGCCAUUACUAGGACAACAUCUUCAACUCUACAGGGAAUCCUGUGCUCUUCUUUCUGAUUACUAUUUAACGUCUGAAGCUGAGGAAGAUUGGGAAAAAGGUUAUAAGUAUAGUGUCAUGGCUGGUUUGAGUCCAACAAUGGUUAUGGAUCGAUUGAAAAAAUUAGAAGCUGAUGCUAAAGAGAUGGGUAUCACUAUCAAUACCAAAGAAGGACUAGGAUUUUUUUUAAAAGAAUGCUUAAUUAAGUGUGAUGAAGAUUCUAGUCUUCCUACAGGUGCUUUGAAUCGGUUGUUGGAAUUAGCACAGACUCCUCAACCGGAUUCAUCAUGUCUUGUCUCUACGUUGGUCCUUCAGUCACCACUGCUUAGGCAAUUUUCUACUGAAACUUCUAUACGCAUUAUAACAAGACAUAUAAAAGAAAGUGAUGCAGUUGAUCCCCAAGACUGUUUAGCACUAUGUGUUCUUUAUAUCUCCAGGAGUAAAAUAAAUGAUGCUAGCCAGGUUUUGGAUAUUCUUGGUGAAAAUGAUGAGAGGUUAAUAAAUCUUUUGCUGAAAUAUUGGACACUGCUUUUCGACAGUACAAAGCAAAUGAGCAAAAAAUGCAGUUUUGGAAAAGGAGAUUGGGAUGGCCUUACGUUAUCUGAAUUAUCUGUGCUACUUAUAGAAAAGAGGCCAAAGGAUCUCGCAAUAGUACUUUCCUCUUUAAUAAUCAAUUUAGGAGCUGUGAAAUUGGAAGAAAUUCUUCAAGUUUUUUUAAAUUACCUUCCAAUAAGAAUGAGUAGUGGCAGCUCCUCCGUUACCUAUGUUCUACAAAUCUUUUUAGAGAAAGUUUUUUGUGGCUGGUAUGCAGAGGAUCCAUCAUGGCAUCCUACACCAGACAACAUUGCUAUACUUGAUGGCCUUAAGAUACUGAUGAGGUCUUACUUAAGCAAUUUAGUAGUUAAAUCUGAUCUUGGGAAAACUUCAGCUGUUACAAAACCUGAAGAAAAAUAUAGUAAAGAAGUGGAAUGUAUGUUUGGCGGAAAAAGACCCCAGUUCCUCGAGCUUUUACCUCCAUUUAAUAAUUCUGAGACUGAUCGCAAAUCCUAUUCUACUUUGCUCAAACUUCAGUGCCUUCUUUGCAGUGGUUGGUUAGAUGAAAAUGUACUUUUAGAAUUAGUUCAGUUUGUAAGCGAGUUUAUACCAGAAGAUAUUGGUUUUAAUCUAUUGGUUCUUUCUCAACCACAUAAAGCUGUAGAAAUGAUUGCUUCCAAAUACCCCAACAUUUUGCCUCAAUAUGCUGUGGAUAUGCUAUCAACGGAACCAGAAUGGAAGCAUCUCAUUGCAACUAUUCAGUCAAAAGCCGAUGAGGAAUCCGAAGUAGAUAAAGAGAAUGAUGCUAAGAUUUAUCCUCAAAUUUUAGAUGAGGUCCUUAACAAUCUUGCUCGGAAUUUAAGCUGUGAAGUGUUCACAAGAAUAGUUCCACCAGGUAAAGAGUUCGAAGGCUACAUACUGACUUGCCAACAAACGGCACACGCUUCACACUUAAAGGAAGUGAUCAAAGUAACUGGUCACAAGCUCAUGGCUACGCUGAAUAUGAAAUCGUUCACCUGAGCCCAGCUAUUGUCAGAUGCUCUUCAGUAUCUGCCCGAAGGUAAAAAAUUUUCUAUUGAAUGGGGUCGUCCGCCUAAUCCUAGUCACUCAUCGAGUUCAUUUUCUCACUACAGAAACUGAGAAUUGAGAUGAUAAUUUUAUAUAAAGCACUGAUUAAUGUUGUGGUAAUACUGAUUUUAUUAUGAUAUUUAUUGGAAUUUAUGGUGCUACUAACUGUUAUGUGAGAUGACAGUCACUCAUAAUUAUUGGUGCCAUGUUUUAUUCUCAAGUUAUAUGUCUCUUGAAAUAAUUUAUGAAGGUAUGAGAAAGAGUUUAUACUCACUUGAAAAUUUAUGAAUGAUAUUAUAAGAUCAUUUAUUUGACCUAUUUAUGUCUUUCAAGUCAUGGUCCUCCCAGCUAAUUUGGCUGACUUAGUCAAAGUUGCU